AUGCCUGACAGGACGACAGGCGAGUCAUGGCAGCAACUGGAAGAGAGGAUCCGCUCGAGCAGCCCUCAUGGCUCCAAACCUGGAUGGAAGUUGAUCUCAGUCAUUGUCAAGAGCAGGGACGAUCUGCGCCAGGAACAGUUUGCUGUGCAGCUGAUCACUCUCUUCCAACAAAUCUUCAAGAAGGCCAAUCUCCCGGUCUGGCUUCAGCCCUAUCAAGUCCUCGCAACGUCUGCCGAUGCUGGGCUCAUUCAGGUUGUCAAUGACACUGUCAGCCUGCACGGGCUGAAGAAGAAGCUGAGCGGGGGAGAAAGAGGAGCGAAGCAUACGAGCUUGAGCAGCUACUUUGAGCAGAGGUGCGAGCCAACGCGAGGAGUCCUUGCGAGGACCCGCGAGAAUUUUAUGCUUUCGCUUGCUGCCUACUCCGUAGUUUGCUACCUUCUGCAGAUCAAAGACCGGCACAAUGGCAACAUACUCAUAGACAACGCUGGCCACGUGGUCCACAUAGACUAUGGCUUUAUGCUCUCAAACUCUCCGGGAAACAUCGGGUUCGAGAAGGCGGCUUUCAAACUGACCAGGGAGAUGGUGGACGUGAUGGGAGGAGAAGGAGGAAGACUGUUCGAGGAGUUCAAGAACAUGUGCGUCAUGUGCUAUCUGGAAGCAAGGAAACACGCGCACCAGAUUCUCAUGAUGGUCGAGAUAACUCGAGCGGGUCAACCUGACCUUCCCUGCUUCACCAGCAGGACGGUGCUGGAGGAGAUGCAGGAGCGAUUCAAGUUGGGCCUGAACAGGAAGGCAGCUGCGAGUUUCUUCGAAUCGUUGAUUCACGAGGCAUGCCUUCUGCCCUACCUGCUCCUGCUCCUCGUUCUGCUCCUGCUCCUGCUCUUUCUUCUUUUUCCUUGCUCGUUUCCGCCUCUGACCAGCGGGCAGGCGAUCGAUCACUGGUGUACACGUCAGGUAGGAGCAUGCCGCCGCUUUUCUGCUCCUCCCCCUUCUCUCCUGCGCUUCUCGUCGCCUCCUCAUCCUGUUCUGCAAACCUUCUUUCCCCUCUCAUUUUCUGGUUUGCAGUAUGACAAGUUCCAGUGGCUCACAAACGGGAUCAUGAGCUGA